AAAUAAUGUUUGAAAAAUGUAUUUUAUUAUUUAUCUUAUAGCAAAAAAAGUACUGUCAGUAAAAAAUGCCCAUAUCCUAUAUAAGUAGAGGAUCACAAAUAUAAUUUCAAGAUACAUGUUCAGUGUUGUGAAUGAGCUAUUAUCAUUGUAUGGAACAUCAUGUCCAAUAUACCUUCCAGACCAGGAACCAAAAAAUCACAGAAAGUGCACUACAGACCAAGUACAAAUGCAUCGAUUCGUCCGAAUCCCCCUGGUCAUAUUCCAAGGCGACUAUCAACACGUGGCUCCAUUAAGCCAUUAUCUGAGGCAGACACGGCUGCUGAGACAGUUUUAACAGAGGCAACAAGUUUCAUUCCCAGGGCAUCGUAUCAAGCUCCUCGUGGUUGCGACCCUCGUCUGGUUCAUCUGAUACAGAAAUACCUGGACAAGACCCAGCUGGAGGUGAACUUUAGGUCUCUACUGGGCAUUCUUCUCAACCGGAAUGACCUGCCGUACAACCCAUACCCAGGGCUCACGGUUCGACUUAGACCCUAUUCUGAAAAAUUUUACAUGGAUUCCUUUACUGCUGAGCACAUUGAGUAUGCACUAGGAAUGGCUCUUCAAGAAACUCAGCUGCUGAACCUGUUCACAGUGAAAGACAACCCGUUCGUGUGGGGUCUCUCCAGUGUUCUGCGAUGUGUCGAUGCUGGCGUUCUUCAAAGAUACAGGUGGCUCCUCGAUAACCUCACACCUAACCCUGAAGAUGUCAACACUGAAGAGGACUACACUGUACAGGUUAUGACGGCCCUGGUGGGCCAGACAGUGUUUCAAGGCACGUUUUACACACACACUCACUGUGUCGAAGUGAGACUAGAAUACCUCAUCACUGGACCCGAUCUUUCUCAGGGAUUGUCUGUCUUUGUAAACAGUGUGAUGAAGGAUAUAGAUGGACUAGUUUCCCACAGUCAUCAUAAACUAUUAGGUAUUAAUGUUCCUGUGCAGAUUACAGAGGAUGGAAAAGUUUGGGAACAUGACUUUUGGGAUCCACAGAGAUUGGACACUGAUAAGGGUAUGUUUCUACAAAUUGUCAGUGAUGCAGUUAUUGGCAACAAAUACAUCCUAGUUGAGUGUGUCUUUCAGCUAAACCCACUGCAGUCCACGUAUAUAAGAGGUCGAAAACAAUACGGAAUGAACUUUAUUCAACUUGUGGACGAUAUGCGUGAAGAAGGUUUGUCGAGUUUUACCGAGUUUCCCAUGUCGACUCUGCAUGAAGGAGUGUUUCUGAACCAAGCCCACGCUGAGUCGUACAUUCUGAUGUUCAUGCCUCAGAUCGCUCAUGUCGACACACAGAAUAUACAGCUUGCAUCGGCUCGUGCUGCAUCUCAAAUGACUGAGGCAAGCCGUCCAAGAAACAGGAGGAAUUCCACACUGGAGUCGGACAGACACAGCAUCCACAUUCACGUUCAUGGACGCCUGGAACACUUCCGGCCGAGGAAGAUUCGAAUCGAUGGCUUCAAACUGGGGAAUGACCCGGGAUAUGGACCAUUUGCAUGGCAAAUUGUUACUCCUUUCAAAAAUCAUUUACAAAGAGAAAUGGCAGCUCACCACCCCCAAGUGGAUUUGUUUGACAUUAUCUACAAUGCAAUUCUGCUUGUCUUAACAGAUAGAAUAUUGCACCAGAAGGAGAUUUUGCAUGAGAUAUAUCGCGUGCUUCAUAGCACUGUCGGAAGACUGCACCAGUUGACUGAACACAACAAAGCAAUCCGCGCUCUCAUGAGAGGAUUUGCAGAUACAGAUGAUGUUUACUUUAUUCGUCAUCUGUUGGGUGGUUUGAAAAGAGAUACCGAAGAACUUCUUGCCAACAGCUUACAGGAGAGGAGUAAUGACAUGACAACUGUUGGACAAGCAAUGUCUGGUCUCAUAGAUGAACUUUUAUCUCCAACUGAUUUCGUCUUUGGUUCUUCUACUCAUCUUCAGCAGAUCGUACAGACAUUAAGAAGUAUGGACAACUAUUGUACAACUCUCCUCAUUCAGUUAGCAGAAGACACUACCCAGUGGUGUCCUUCGUUUCAGGAACUACUUACAAAAAUACAAGACACAUUCCCAGAAGAUAUUAAAAGACCAGAGACAAGGCUGAAAAAACAGAGAGACCACAAGAGGACUGGUUUAAGGUCUUGGGAAGCAGACAGUAUUUUCAGACACGGGAAAGAAGAAGAACACAUUAUGAAGCACGAAGAUUUUGUUUUGAAUGUGCAGAUGUGCAUAGAGAGGGAUACAUCACCAAAGAUUAUGACGGUGGAGUCUGUUCUUAUGAAGUAUCUGAUUGAUACCCACCUGGAUGAGGUGUGGCACAGUUUUCUGAUAGAACUGUUUCUCAAUCAGUACCUGUUGCCCAACCCGUACCCACGACUUAUCAGCCGGCUCAGACAGGGGGCCAUGAGGAUGGAUCUGUGUUAUGAAAAGUCUUCUGGCGUUCUGAAACGUAUCUUGUCGGGUAACCCUCAGCUAGUAGAUCCAGAUAACUACAUCUAUCAACUUCCUGCCUGUGAGGGAUUUGGCAUAAAGAGCAUUUUGAGUAUAUUGGAUGUCGGCUCCUAUGUUCCAGUAGCUCAGAUGGUACGAGAAAAGUUUCAACCAAAAAACUACAUCCAGCGAAAGGGACCAUAUAGGGUAGGAAUAUGUUUGGCAAUAGCAGGGCAGACAACUCUGUACGGUAAGCUUCAGCCAUACCUGAAUGAGGUGGAGCUUCAUGAACAUUACUACAUCCAGGGACCCCGGGGAUCCAACAGAGAGGUGCAUCAGCUGUUUACACGCAUAGUUUACAGCCAUGUUGUUGACCUGAUCAAGGAAAAUGCCUAUCCAGUGUUGGGGGUCUACAUGGGGGAGGAUCACAUCCGGUGGACCUGGGAGGACAUUCUCAACAAGCAGCAGCCAUUUUCUAAUGAGUUUGAGAUGGUCUGCUCUCGCAGCGAACCAAUCUAUUUUAAAGCCUAUGUUUUGAUGGAUGGUUGGAGAUAUGUUGCUGUUAAAAAGUAUUUUCUACUCCACUUUCUGACAGAUGAUGGACUUGUAAAAGAGCAGUACUUUCCUGACAAUCCACAGGCAUUUUAUCAAAGUGUUUUCCUUACCAAAGAAAGGGCCGCUUUCCACUAUCAGAACUGUGGACUCCGCAGUGGCAACCCAUUAAGUGUACCGAACGUCCGAGUUGCACAGCACUCCCUUGACAAGCAGCUCAUGAAAGCGGCAGAGAAAUGCCAGUGGUUGAGUGUUCACCGACAGCUACUGAUCAGAGCUUUGAUGAGACAGGAAAAGAAUGAACGCUUGGUCGAGUCAUGGCGAAUGCUACACAGUAUGGCAGGGCAGGCAGAAUAUAUCUGUUUUCUCAUAGAGGCAUUGCAGGAUCUGGUGACCUUUGCUCUGGAAUAUGCAAAGUGGCUAGAGCUUGAAGAAGAACAACAAAGUACUGUGGUGUCAGGAAAGCAAAAACAGGAUCCACUGGAUUUAAGAAUCUUGAGUCAGAUGACAAUGGCAUUCCACCAAAAGUUGACGAUUGUCUGCGACUGGCGCAUCUCAAUGGCUGCUGAUGUUUUCUGCGAUUAUAUCCUUGACAAGUUGAAAGAGGUUGAAGAGAAAGAUUCUGUUACUGGAGAACUAUUUGUGGCAUUAGAGGAAGAGACAGUGCCAAGACUUGAAUAUGUGAAGGAUAUGAUCCGUGCAAUACAAGACAUGCUAUCCGGAGAUGUGCACAACAUUAGUCCUGAAGCACAGUCUGUUGUCAGCAAUAUUGAAGCCAACGUUGACAUUCGACCGAGCAGUGUGGAGUCGUUCAGACUGGAUAAUCCAGACCAGUAUCAGAAGAGACCGAAGGCCAAUCACAGAAUCGUGGUGGAAGAUGAUUUACUCUACAGGCCUAGACAAAGACAGUUAAUGUUUCGCUGAUGACAUGUGUUUACUCGUCUUUAAAGUCUUCCUCACUGCUGAUUAGCAAAUAAGGCAGCGGUCUAUAGAGUCCGUCCUGAUUGUAUCCAUUUUAAAAAGUAAUUAUUUAACAGUACUGUGAUAUUGACCAGGGAGUUAUUGAGGAUUUUUCAACUGCAUUCCAUGGCUGAUGGGAUUGGGAACGUUUACGCAAUUUUAGUUCAAAUUGGGAAUUUUUUAAGACCAUCGAGCAUCAUUCAUGACCGAUUUGGACAGCUAAGAAAGAGUGUGUUGUUAUUUGUGUCCUUGUUAUGAAACACUUAAGAGUAAUGAAAACCCAUAGGAACAAUAUUGGAGGUGGGUAGGGGGUGGGGUGGUCAAAAGCCAUAUUUUUAUCUUUAGAAAGUAGGAAAAAAAACCCCAUAAAUUUUUAUCCUCAAGUGGGAAUCAUAGCCACUCUACCCCCUCCCCAACCACACGUCCUACAAACCUGUAAUGAAAUCCAUGAACAUUAGGGCCACUCUGUGUACAUGUAAUGGUCUUGGACUUUCUUGCACAUUAGUUUCUGGUGUAACUAUAUGAGAUAUUGUUCAGUUGUAAUAUGAUAGUAAUAGACUAAAGUUGUUAAUAUUUGAAGUGCAGAUUCAAAAGUUCUUUUCAGUAUACGACAUGCAGGUUUACGACUGAAAUAAAGCACAUGCCAUAUAUGUAACUAUUUUAAGUGUUGAGGAUAGGAGAUUGUCCCCUAUAGCUUUUAUUAAAUAUAGGAAUACUUUUAUAUGGAUUUUAUAUUGGACAUACUUAUACAAAUAUGCUGAUUUAUUAAAUAUAGGAAUAGUUUUAUAUGAAUUUUAUAUCAGAUAUACAAAUAUGUUGAUUUUUAACUUGGCAAUAAGUAUUUAAUUUUCAUUAUAUUUCAAUUACUUAUUAAUUAUUAUUUCAUCAGAUGAACUAUAUUUAAAUCAUUUCUAUACAAUUUUCAUGUAAUAAUUUUACAAUUUAUCUUUCAUUUCAUCCAUUCAUAUUUGUAUGUGGUACUUAAGUUGCUGUAUAUACAAUAAUUUUAUAAUUUUUAUUUUGUUUCAUCCAUCCAUAUUUGUCUGUGAUACUUAAAUUGCUGUAUAUGGCUGUUUAUUAGUUGGGUUUUCAAGUCUCUAAAUUAUAUUUGUAUAACCAAACGUUUUGAAGCAGACUGAGAUGUUCAGGGUGAACCCACAGCAUUGUUCGAUACAGAGCCAGCUAAUAUACAGUGAUACACAGUAAAGGAUACUUUGUGAAUUGCAAUAUUAUCAUUCAGAUUACUUCAUGUUAGUGCUAAUUUGUUUGCUAUAUGCAUAGGCUCCCUUUUUUGUAGGGUUCAGGCCGAUUUUUGCCUGAAUUAAACAAAAGUGACUGAAUCUGGAUUACUAUAUUUAUUUAUAUUAUCAUUACUGCCAAAAAGCUAUAUAGGGUUGUAAACAAAUUGCCACACACUUUUAGAAUAAUGAAAAUACAUGAUGAAAAGUGUUCAGGCCAGCUCAUUUUGCACAAAUUUCUCUAUUGUUUUUGCCCGAAUUUGAUGAUUUUCUCCAAGACUGGGAAGGGGAGGGUGGGGGGGGGGGGG